ACCAAGUGUUGCAAUGGAGCAUGCAAGGCAUGCUGCCUUCCAGCAGACUGCAACGCUGGACAAGUCUGCUGUGACGGAACCUGCAAGCCCGGGGACUGCUGCGGUGGCCCCACCUGCUGCAAUGGCAAGAUCUGUCCCUCGGGGACAAAAUGCUGUGAAGGAGUGUGCAAGGCAUGUUGCGCUGCAACAGACUGCGGGUCCGGACAAAUCUGUUGCGACGGAACUUGCAAGCCCGGGGAGUGCUGCGGGGGCGAUAACUGUUGCAAUGGCAAGACCUGUCCGCCCGGUACCAAGUGCUGCAAUGGAGCAUGCAAGGCAUGCUGUGCUCCAACAGACUGUCAGUCUGGUGAAAUCUGCUGCGAAGGGACGUGCAAGCCUGGUGAGUGCUGUGGUGGCGAUAACUGCUGCAAUGGAAAGCUCUGUCCGAGUGGGACCAAGUGUUGCAAUGGAGCAUGCAAGGCAUGCUGUGGUCCAGAGGAUUGCCCGAGUGGUUUAGUGUGUUGCGAUGGAGUGUGCAAGCCUGGGCAGUGUUGCGGCGGUGAUAACUGCUGCAAUGGCAAAAUCUGUCCCUCUGGAAUGAAGUGUUGCGACGGACAAUGCAAGCGAUGCUGCGGCACUCCAGGUGAAUGUGGAGAGGGCCAAGUCUGCUGCAAUGGAGCCUGCGUGACUGGUGGCUGUUGCACGUGUCCCAUGGGUGCUUGUUGCGGAGGAUCGUGCAAAGCCUGCUGCACAGAUGCUCAUUGCCCAGUAGGCAAGAAGUGCUGCGAUGGAGAGUGCAAGAAAUGCUGCACUGAUGGGUGCUGCCCUGCUGGGAACAGGUGCUGUAACGGAGAAUGUCGGCCAGUAUGCUGCGUCUAUGGAGUCGGGUGCUGAUUUUUCCUGGAGCUUCUUACAUACACACGGACGAUGACUGGGCCUUGACAUGCAAGGGUGACGUGGCCGGAACAUGUCGAGGGAGUUUUGCCUAUGGGGUGCUAUCUUUGUUCCUACUGAACUCGGAUAUUAUUUUGUGC